AUGGCUGCCGUUCGGUCCAAUCUGCAGGGAGUUUUAACCUCUCUGGGGAAUGGCCUUGCAGGCAGUGGGCAGAUCCAGCUGUGGCAGUUCCUGCUGGAGCUGCUCUCGGACCGGGCCAACCUGAACUGCAUUGCGUGGGAAGGCACGAACGGGGAGUUCAAGCUGAUCGAUCCCGACGAGGUGGCGCGGCGCUGGGGCGAGCGGAAGAGCAAGCCCAAUAUGAAUUACGACAAGCUGAGCCGGGCCCUGCGCUACUACUACGACAAGAACAUCAUGACCAAGGUCCAUGGCAAGCGCUACGCCUACAAGUUCGACUUCCACGGGCUGGCACAGGUGUGCCAGCCGACCGCCCCUGAUCACACCCUCUACAAAUUCCAGGGCAACUUGGCCCCGCUGCCCUUCUCGGGCAUCUCCAAACUCAACCUCAUGACCUCAGGGGUCACGCCGGCCGGCUUCUCCUACUGGCCUGGCUCCAGCCCAUCCCUCUACCCUGGGCACAGCCUCCAGCCCUCUGCCCCCUUCAGUGCCAUGGCAGCCUCCCAUCUCAACAACAUGAACAACCAUUACCAUUAGCGGCAUAGCUGCACCCGGCGGACCUCCCUGUCCCUGGCAGCGUGGGGCUGUGCCAGGCUGGGGGGCUCACUGGGAAAGGACGGGGUGGGGAGCAUGCCCUGCGCUCAUCUGCCCCCUCUUUGAUUUGGAGAGUGGUGUGGGAGGAGAGGGGUGGUUGCAGGGUAGCUGGGCUUGUUCGCCUAUAAAGGUGGUCAUAGGGCAGAAGGCAUCUAAAUUAAAGGUGAGGAGGGAUCCAUGACCCUAGAAGUGGGCAAGACACCUCAAAAUGGGGUGUGACCAGAAGGAAAAAACAUGGACCUCCCCCUAGCAUGGACCCUGACCCCCGCCCUUUCCUUUUCAACAUGCCCCUCACCCCAUAAACCCCAUUCAUGCUUAGCUCUGCCCCCAGCCUGUGCCUGCCUUCCUGUCACCCCAUAGAGACCCCAAUGGCAGCCUGAGCCCACAGGAGCCAGGAGCUGGAGCGCCACAAUAGCUUUGUCUGUGGGUGAUAGUCCCAACGGGCAGGGAUGGCAGGGAACCCUCCUUGCAGCUCCGUGGUCUCCCACCCAUGUCUCCAAGCCCUUCCUUUCCUCCCGUAGGCUGCCACCACUCCUACACCUCCUGCCCCAUCUCCUCCUCCAGACCACAGAGGCCUCUGGUCUGGAGAGCAGGUCCUCUGCACCAGCUAACUCCUGCCUGGGGCAAGUGUGCUCUAGGGUGGAGGUGCUGGGGCAGGUGUGAGGGCACUGCUGUCUAGGGCAAAGCCUGGCGGGAGCAGAGCCUGGUGACUGCUACUCUGCCCUCUUCCCAGUACUUGAGGCCCAUGCUGCAGGGGAAGGACAGUCCUGGACAUCUGCACAGGAGCCCCGGCCCUGCUGUUCUGUUCCAGAUAAGGUUAAUGCUUGUUUUACUGUGGGUUUAGCCUCCUGCAUGCAGAGUUUGGUGGGGGAUCCUCCAAGGAUAGGGAACCCCCCCCCCAGGUGCAAGAUGGGGGGGAGAUGAAGCAGGAAAAAGGUCAAGGUCUGGGAGCCCCAGGCACUGAGGGGCAGGCCUGGUUCUCUCGCCCUGGGUCCACAGAGGUGCCCCCAUCCUCCAGUGCAGGACUUUGGCCCAGUGGCCAGAACUGGCCCACUGGCACAAGAGCUGGGCAUGCCGGGCUCUGCACAGGCUGGGAGGAGCAAUUUAAUCUUCAAUAAAAUGGAGAGGUGCUGUGACCUAAGUCUACUUGUGUCCAUGGCGGGUGGAGAGAGGAGGUGAAACAACCCAGCAACCUCCUGCUACCCUGAGCCAGAGCACCUGCAGGCCUGGGAUGGGGAGGAUACUGCUCCCCUGCCUUGUUCUGCACACCGUCUUUUCUGCAGGAAUCACAUUUCACACCCUCCAAGAGACAGGGCAGAGCUGGAAACCUCUGGGGUGCCUGGGAAACAGCCCCCACCCAUCCAGGGCAGCUAUGCACCCUGUCUCCCAACUGGCAAGGGGCUAGGGCAGCUGGAGGAAAAGAGGAUACACAGCUGGACUGACAGG